UCUCAGCCACAUCUUCCCUCCAGUCUUGCUGAAGAGCCUUACCUAGCUAAGAGAGAGGACACGGACAAGAAGGUAGUGACAAGAAAGUUCGAAACUCUCAGAAGUCACCGCCUGCAUAUCAAACCUGAAUAACGAGAGGCUAUGUAACCCGGGCAGACUUCAGUUGGUUCCGCCUGCCCACGCGGCAGGUUUUUCAGGUCCUUGCUUGAGCGCACUCCCAGGCGUAAAUAAACGUGCUCUCAACGGCCGCUGAGCCUGCUCGGCUAUUUAGCCAGCCUGGCAUCAGCACCCACGGAUCCCAAACCCCAGCUCGUCUCAGCUGCUCACACGUUCCUAAAAUGUGGCGCUGAUUAGAAGUGUGUGGUGAGCCUGGACAUUUCCACAGCCGCUCCGUGACCAUGUCGGCAGAGCCCACGAGCGGCCCCACGGAGGACCAGGUGGAGAUCCUGGAGUACAACUUCAACAAGGUCAACAAGCAUCCAGACCCCACCACGCUGUGCCUCAUCGCGGCCGAGGCGGGCCUCUCGGAGGAGGAGACCCAGAAAUGGUUUAAGCAGCGCCUGGCCCAAUGGCGGAGGUCGGAAGGCCUACCUUCAGAGUGCAGAUCCGUCACGGACUGAGGAUGUGGCCAGCCCUGGCAGCGCUGCUCUGAAAAGACCACCUGCUCCUUCUCUCCUCGUCUUAACCAGGCUGUUUGAUUUCUCGGUGUAGUGUAUGUUCCAUGUUAGGUGUCCUGCUAGUUAACAUGCUGUGGUACUUUUUAAUGUACAUAACUAGAAAAUAACAAUGGGAAGCUGAGCACAGGCUUUGUGCAGAGCAGUGGCUAGUUGGCCAAGUGCUGCAGAACAACUACAUUUCUUUCCCUUUGGCUAACUAUGACUGACAGUGUGAAAACUGACUCAGUUUGUUUUUGAACGCCAUCUCCCAGGAAGUUUGUUUUCACCACCCAUUUCAGAGCAAGCAGGGCCUCUGCUGAAAAGAUAUGGCAGGAAGAGGAGAAUGUUUCCUGUUGAAUCUACUUCCCUAUGUCAUUUUCCUUAUGUUGCAGUUACUACCCUGAUGGUGGAGUGAGAAUACAAAGGUUAGCUGAGUCAUUCAAAGUGUAUAAAAUGGUUCGUGGCUUAUGGCUGCAUUAACUCGGAAAGAACCCAGUUAGGCUAGAAGACAGAGGCUUCUCCCAGCAGGAAAACAAGUGAUUAAAAAAAA